AUGGCGCAAGAUAACCAAGAGUUGCCGGCCGACUCCCAGCAUUUUCCCGCCCAAGAUAUCUUCGAUAAAUCGCAGUGGCUAAAGUUCAACCUGGGCGGUACCAUGCUCGAGACCACAAGGGCCAGCCUGGAAAGACUCCGGAGUGAAUUUUUCUCCCUCCUGUUGGACCACGACGAGACAAACGACGACGACGUGUCUAAGGACGCGUCUCCCUCAGAUGGCGUCUACCGGAUCGACAGAGACGCGGACGCCCUGCGAGUGCUACUGAACUACGGCCGAUACGGGAAGGUCGUCGCGGUGCCCGAGCACAUCACCGAGGCGUUUCUCCUGUCUGAGAUCAAAUUCUACCGGAUGCAUGCGGAGGUCGAGAGGGCCGUAAGGGAGUUUUUCGAGGUGAAGAGACUCGGGCCGAACUCAGUGAGAAUUGAAAAUGUAACCAUCACCGAGAUGGCUAUGGACAAGGGUCGCCUACAUCACAAUGUGUACGACGUUAUUAGGACCAGUAACAUCCGAUGUUACACCAAAGUUCCUGGAAGUGGGACGUGCUAUUGUGAAGUCGAUCACUUGUUUGACUACGAAAUGCCUCAUUCAAAGCGUCCCGCUUUGUUCCGAGCCACGUGCCUGCAGUGUCGACGCAAAGUUUGUGUAGCAGACGACCCAAUCGUCGGACUCGAAGGUUGGUGCCACAAAUGUCACCUUUGCCUACGAUGCCAAGAUAUUCUAUGCGAUGCGGUACCAGACGAGACUGCCGUCGCCAACGGAACCGGCAAAUCGCGCCAGAAUCAAACUCCUCACUAA